AUGCCCGAAGAGUUAGAAGAGUUGGUUAGCUCUCUGCAGGCUAGGCAGGCGAUGAAGUAUUCCUCCUCGAGACGUAUUGGUGUUGAUGAGAAAAGACCGGGAGAAAAUGCAGAUAUUUUUGGCAUUCUUGAAGCUAUAGAGGCCCAGAAGAGUACCAAUACGGACUAG